AUGGAAGCAAAACGAUUAUAUCAUUGUGACGUUUGUUCUUCUGAUUGCACUAAUCGUAUACGAGUACAAUGUGCAAUAUGUGCUGAUUAUGAUUUAUGUGUACCGUGUUUUUCAGCAGGACUAUUUUCUGGAACUCAUCAACCGCAUCAUGAUUAUAAGGUAAUAGAACAAAAUACGUAUCCUAUUUUUGAAGAGGAUUGGGGUGCGGAUGAAGAACUUUUAUUAAUUCAAGGCUUAGAAACAUUUGGAUUUGGUAAUUGGCAAGAUGUAGCUGAUCACAUUGGGAAUAGAUCCAAAGAUGAAGUGGCUAGACACUAUGACGCAAUUUAUUUAAAAUCCAACGAUUACCCUCUUCCUGAAAUGAAUAAAGAUUUCCAUCAUAUAUCACCACAUGAAUUUUUAGAAUCAAGAAAGAAGAGAUUGGAGAUUCGAAAAAAUCAGCCAUUACCUCCCCCUAAACCCAAACCUGUUCCAUCGGUUCCAUUAUGUCAUGAAAUUCAAGGUUAUAUGCCUGGUAGACUAGAGUUUGAUCACGAGCACGAAAAUGAAGCAGAAAUGACUGUCAAAGAUAUGAUUUUCUAUCCUGAUGAUCAAGCAGGGGAUAUAGAAUUGAAAUUAACAAUUUUGGAUAUAUAUAAUUCAAGAUUAACUUCAAGAGCAGAAAGGAAACGAGCAAUGUUACUAAAUAAUUUGUUGGAUUAUCGGAGAAAUAUUGCUCAAGAUAAACGGAAAAGUAAAGAAGAAAAGGAUUUAUUAAAAAAGAUCAAUGCAUUUAUUAGGUGUUUAUCACCUUCUGAUUUCACUAGUUUUUCAAAUGAUUUACUCACGGAAUUAAGGUGCCGUAUGAGAAUACAAAAGUUACAAAACUGGCGACGUCAUGGUAUAACCUCAUUAGAAGAUGGAGCAAAGUAUGAAAAGGAUAGAUUAAUUAGACAAGCCCAUUAUCAAAGAAUGGGUAACAAUGGACUCUCUGCACGUCUGGCAGCAGUUAAUGGUAUUAAUGGACGUGAUCUGAGUGUUGGUGUUGGUGGAUCAGGUGGUAGUUCUGGUGGUAGAUCUUCAUCUGUUAGAUAUAAUGGUUCUACUCCUCAACCACCGGAUUACAAAUCGAGAGGUGGGACUACAAAUGGUAGGACUCCAUUAGAUAUUUCUCAUGCAGCUGACUUUGAUUUACUUUCAAAUGAAGAGAAGCAAUUAUGUGCUACACUUAGAAUACUUCCAAAGCCGUAUUUUGCAAUUAAAAAUCAAUUGAUGAAAGAGGCCAUUAAAAACAAUGGGAUCCUUAAGAAAAAAGAUGCUAGGAAUGCAUUAAAGAUUGAUGUCAAUAAGGCUUCAAAAAUAUACGAAUUUUUUGUACAAAUGGUGUCUUUCUACUUUAAUAUCUACCAAGUAUCCUCUUUAGAUAUUGCUUAUUACAUCUGGUAUGAAAUGGCAAAGAUGAUUGGAAUAAGAGCAUUAAUUUGUUUUGUAUUACAGUUUGCAGUUAUUACUGCGCAGUUUUACCCCUUGAACAAAAACGGUGAUAUACCUGAGAAUGUGAUUCCCUAUAAUAAGGGACAACAAGUACCUUUGGAAUGUAUAAGUCGAGAUAUUGAAGAUGGUAAACACAAGUUAGAUAAUAAGGGAAACAUCAUCUAUAAGGCAUUUCCAACGUGUAAGGAGACAGGCCAACCUUUAACUUUGGCAUUUGGGAUUAAUUCAGAUGUAAAUUGCACCAUCCACAUGACUGAUGAAUUAUACCACUUAUUCCAAUUUUAUAUUCAUGAAGAUUCUCCAUUUAGUUGUCGUGUUCCAAUAAGCAAUGAGAAAAACUACUUGGAACAAGGAGGUGCAUUUGUUCCACUUGCAUUCAACUUCAGAGGUGAGAUCCAUGAGUCCCAUUUAGAUAUUGAUAGCAAUCUUAAUGUUCUUACGUUGGUACCCAACAUCAUGAAUACUUUUCUUAGCACAACAGCUUGGUCUUCGGGAACAGAAACCACGAGAGUGGUUAUUGGGGAAACGUUAACCAUUCGUUUGGCAAUGCGCUGGUUUAGAACCAAUGAUGUUAUGUCUCUUAGUAUUGAAUCACCAGCAUUUAACGGUUUGGAACAGCCCAAUGAAGUGAAUGCCAAAUUGAGUGAUGUUUAUUCGCGAGGAUUUUACAAGUUGAAGGACUUUUCCAAAUCUUAUGUUCCAUUAUCCAUUGUAGGAGUCUACGUUAUAUGUACCAUGGUUAUUAGUGUUAUUGGAACUUUGACCUAUACCUGA